ACAAGUAAAAUUUAUAGGUUAUGAAUCAGUUAUGAAUAGAAUUUAUUGAACAAAUAAUAUUGUGAUUUGAAAUUUGAAGCCGAAUUUUAUGUGAAUUCGUGAUGUGCAAUGUGUCUAAAUGAAAGAACUGUCAUACAAUAAAUUUAAAGAACACUUUAUAAGAUGGCUUUUAUUAUUUCCAACGUUUUUAACAAAUCUUCCAAUAAAAGCAUAGUGACCAGUUUUCAGAUUUACAAUAUAACUCAAAUAAGAGAAAAGCGUGUGGUACCUAAACCAAAAUUAAGACAUCCUACUUGGUUUACUCAUAAAAACCGUGUGAUUCAUGAUGACUUUGUUACUGCUGAUAAUGUUGGAUUUUUAAAAGAAGUUGUUGAAGACCAACGCAAUAGUUUAAUUCCUAAAAAAGCUCCAACAAAUAUUAUUGAUUGGCAUCCAGGAUUACGUCGAACAGGUGUUAUAGCUCGUAAGAUUGGGAAUAUUCCUUUGUGGUUGAAGGAUGGAACUAAAAUAUUUACAACUAUGUUAGAGGUUUUAGACAACCAUGUAAUUAGAUGUUACUCACCAGAAGAAUAUAAUAGUCCUAGAGUGAAACCCACUCUCGUCAAGAAUAAAAAGGGAUGUCUGCUUCUAGGAGCAAUUGAAACAGAUCCAAUAUUAUUAACAAAAGAAUACUGUGGUUUGUUUAAAGAUUCAGGAGUUCUACCGAAAAAAGUUUUAGGACGUUUUUUUGUAAGUCCUGAAGCAUUACUUCAACCAGGAACUCCAAUCACAAUAGAUCAUUACAGAGUUGGAAACUAUGUGGAUGUAAGAGGAAAAACGAUAGAUCGAGGUUUUCAAGGUGUAAUGAAAAGACACGGAUUUAGUGGCAUGCCUGCAUCACAUGGAGUGACAAAAACUCACAGAAGAGGUGGUAACAUCGGAGGGGGUGGUGAAAAAGGUCGAGUUUGGCCAGGCACUAAAAUGCCUGGACAUAUGGGUAAUAGGUAUAGAGUUGCCAAGGGAUUAAAAAUAUUGAGAAUAAAUAGGAAAUAUAAUGUAAUGUGGGUUAUGGGAAUGGGAAUUCCUGGAGAAACGAACUCAAUAGUAUAUAUUUACGAUACAGUUUUACCAUUACGUAAACCAUCUGCUGCAUUACCGUUUCCCACAUAUUUUCACAAAGAUGAAGAUGUUUUGCCUGAAGAAUUUUAUGACGAAAAUUUACAUAAUUUCAGUGAUCCAUCAAUUGUUUAUAAAUAGAUCAUGUCUUACGUAAGUUGUUAAAAGUCAAUUCAAUUCUUGGAUGUUUUAAAGACAUGUAAAAUAAAAAAACCACUUCAAAGGAAGAAAUGUUUAUAUGUAGUUAACAGCAAUAAUCGGAAGUUAUGAAGGUCGCAGAUAGGUGAAUUAUACAUAAAGUUCUUGAUAUUCUACGUUCAUCCAAACAAUGUGCGGGACCGUCGCUCACGCGACUCGUGUAUGAUUAAGACGUGCGUAAUAAGAAUACAGGAAUUUUCUCGCUAAAGCAUUCGAGUUAUUGAAGACGAGAAUUUCGCGAAAGUAGCUUAAAAUGAAAACGUUUUAAUCUUGUAUAUUUCUUGCUAUUUUUGUAUGAUAUUCGAGGAGAAUUAAUUGUACUGUAACUAUCCAAUUAGCGACCUUAAAUAAAUUACAAGAUUAAUAUAUAAAAUAAUAA